AUGCUGUCACCAGAAACAGAGGGAUAUUGGAAUAUUGUUAUUUCGUCACUCCAAGAUAUUUGCAGUGCCAAUGAAUCACUUUCUUUUGACAGUUUGUACAGUAAGUACGCUAAAGAUUCAAUGAAAGGUUUAUCAGAAGAAGAAUUAAAUAAAUUGAACGAGGAAAUAACGGAACAUAAAUCAAACGUGGGAACAGCUAAAAGGUUGGUUUCUGUUUCGCAGGAAAACUUACAAACCUUAAUUACCAAUUUGCAAACCUCUACCAAGCAGGCGAAUGAAACGUCACCACAAAAACCUGCAAGCCAACAGCCAGCAGCAUCUAAAGCUAGCGGUAAAGCACAUAAUAAGAAAACGAAUCCUAAGAAGGUGGGUAGACUGUAUUAUACAUCGAAAUUCAACCCUCUGGAACCUAUUUACGUUGGAUCUGAGGUAGCCUUCAAAUUGAAAAAUAGACACUUUGAAGAAUGGAUCCAAUGUGAGGUAAUGAAAGUAAUAGGUGAUGGAAUUAAGUUUGAAAUUAGGGAUCCAGAGCCGGAUGAAAAUAAUAAUCCUGGCCAAACUUUCAAAGCAGGCUACAAAGAAAUUUUAUUAAUACCUACGCUUGAAGAUGUACCUGAUCUCGUAAACUAUCCUUACGGAUCUAAAGUAAUAGCGAGAUACCCGGAGACUACUACAUUCUAUCCAGCAAUUGUUGUUGGUCAUAAAAAGGAUGGUAGUGUGAGAUUAAAAUUUGAUGGAGAAGAAGAAGUAAAUAAAGAAACAGAAAUAGAGAGGAGACUAGUACUACCAUUCCCAGAGAAAUGA